AUGAGAAAAUUUUACAGAAUUGGUAUAUUAUCAACAGGUUUAACUAUAUUUAUCAUAUUAUACCAAUUGGUCAAUAAAUUUGGUAUCAACAAUGCUGAUAAUUUAAGCACCUCAUUAGAACAAAACCCAUUAUCAGAAUCAGCCAAGGCAGAAAAGUGUCUCAAAUAUUUUGAAAAUCUACAUAACUUCAAUAAUGAAUGGUCUCAUGAUGGCAUCAGAGUGUUUCAUAACUAUGAUAAAAUUGAUAACAAUAUCUUGAAAGAUACCAUGGAACAUCUAAGGGUUUAUUCUUAUUGCUAUUUCAAUAAUGAUUUCCCCUUGUUGCUUAAUCCAACUGAAGACAAUACUAUUGGUGAUCUAGAAUUUAGGCUUUUCCCCUUUUUAAACCAUGAUCUAUUUGAUAAAACCACUUUAAAAAAAAAAAUCGGGUUAAAAAUAUAUGAUGUAAGGGCAAAAAAAUACACUAAUUUAAAUACCAAGGGGAUUUUUGCUGUCGACGCUUUUCAAAGGGGCAAGGAAAGUUUCUGGAGAUAUUGGAUUAAUCAAGUGAGUAGUUCCAGUGCAGAUCAGUUUUCAAAAGAAAACGAGGAGGAAGGAGAAAACAGGGAAGAAAGAGAAAACAAGGAAGAAGGAGAAAACAAGGAAGAAGGAGAAAACAAGGAAGAAGGAGAAAACAAGGAAGAAAGAGAAAAAGGAGAUAACAAUAUUUUAUAUACAGGUGGAAGAGGUAUUGUCAUGACAAUCGCUCCAGAUCAUAUCCAAUUAAUGUUGAAAUUGAUACAUAUGCUAGAUUUUUGGGGAAAUGAAUUACCUAUCCAAAUAAUUUUUAAAGAUUUAACUGGAGAGUUUCACCCAAGCAUGAUUGAUUAUAUGGAAGUGCUUAUUAGAGACAAAACAAAACAACAGGUUUAUUUCAUAGAUGCCUACGAAUAUUUAAAUCCGGCAUAUUUAGAAGACGACAUAACUUAUUUUGCCAAUAAGUGGUUGGCUUUGAUUUUCAACACGUUUGAGGAAAUAAUUUUUAUGGAUGCAGAUGUUGUUCCCUUUGUUGAUCCUGUAGAGCUUUUUAAUUUACAAGAGUAUAAACAAACCGGUGCUGUUUUAUUUAAAGAUCGGAAAAUGGACAACGAAAGAACUUUCAAAUAUUGCAUUGAUAUGUUUGAAUGGAUGGAACCAUCCAAAACAGAAACAAAAGAGUGGUUACAUGAAAAGCUUUUUGACAAAAAAAAAAAGAAAGGACAAAAGCACAACGAAGCCAGGGAAAAUUUUGAAUUAUAUAACAUAUACGAAGAUUUUUUCACUAAAAAGCAUUUACACCAUAUAGAUAGUGGGUUGAUGAUAAUUAAUAAAAAAAAAAAACUAAAUGUUUUAUUAACCUCCUUUAUGUUAAACUUAUCGGCAAAAGUUAUUAGAUGUGUGUACGGAGACAAAGAAAUGUACUGGUUAGGUUCAUUAUUUCAGUUAGACUACAAUGUAUCGAUUAUUCCGAUAGAUGGAGCCGUUAUAGGUAAAAGGAAAUUGCUUGAUGAUAAGAAAUCCGUGCAAGUUUGUGGUACUCAGUUAGCUCAUGUAUAUCCUCAACAAAGUGAUAGCAAUCAAUAUAAAUUAUUAUGGACUAAUGGUGGAUUGAAGAAAUGCAAAUUAAAUAAGAAGUUAGCAGCUGAACAGGAUUUUAAAGAUUAUCCUGAUUAUUUCAAAGAAAAAUAUAAAAUUACAAACCCUGCUGAAUUGUCCUUCAUAUACGAUUCUGCACUAUUUAUGGACACUAUUUCCAUACCGGAUGUUAAAGAACAUCCAUGGGUGCACUUAAAGGACUGUUGUGGUUAUAUGUAUUGUUCGGUGACCACUCCAAAAAGUGAUGAUGAGAAUGAGAAUGACAAUGCCAACAAAGGGUUAACUAUAAAGUUGGAUAAUGACGAUAUUUUAUUUUACGAUAAGUUAAUUUAUGAAUGGGAUACUUUUUGA